AUUGAACCGGUCUUGCGACCGAUUCCCUGUGCACCCCUGCUUCGCCCUGGCUUCAACCUGGCUUCAACCCCCGCAGCGAGUUUUCCUUCCACCUUCGCAGCUGCGGCUCCCAGACGGAUCGAUAUUCCAUACUUCUCGUCCUCUUCGGUUUUUCCUGCUCCUACUCGAUCUUCGCCCACCCCCGCGACGCCCAGCUGUUCGGCCACCACGUUUUCUCGACGUUUCCGUGGGUCCCUUCGUCCUGGUUUCGAGUGAAUCGUUUUACCCUCCUGUGUCGCAGUGUCGCUCUAGAUUUCUGUGUUUCGUUUUACUCGAGGAUCUCUGACUCGAACGGUUCGAAUCGGAAUUGUUGACAUCGAGAUUGCUCGGCGGCGUUCGCCAGCGAGCGGGCGAGACGCAGAAUUUUCCGAUUUACCUUGAAAACAACGACGCGUGACCGACGGCCGCUCAGUCGUUUACGUGUGCGCGUCAUGCGAGUUAACCGUCACACGAUACGUAACGCCGGAGGCUGGGCUGGCUCGAUUGCGGUAUGCGACCGGCAAUUAGCAACCGAUGAGUUCUCCGCGAGAACUCUGCGCGACACGCGAGCGACGCGCGGUUUUGAAUUCUCGGGGACCGACCGGACGUCGGAUAGACGGAGAGAGACGUCGAUGAGAACUAGAGCUGACGGAGAUCCUUAAAGGACGCGUGGACCGGCGAGAAGGAAGAGGAUUCGAGAGUUUUAUUGAGGAAUUAGUAACUGAUGAGUUUUGAGAGAUACACGCGCUGUUUUUUAACCCUUAACACUCCACAUAGUUUUGUGAUAUGUCAGCAACUCCUACCAAUUUUGAUAGUAGUGUCUAGUGAAAAUUAACAAUGUUGUAACAUCUCAUAGACCUUUAAUUCCCUUAGUACAAACUUUGUACAUUUGGAAGAUUUAAUAAUCUUAAGGUAGUUUUCUUAGAAUUCAUGAAAAUAUUUGAUAUUAGAACUGGUGCAAUAUUGGAGCCUACAGAGCUCAAAGGGUUAAUUUACGAGGAAGCAAUGACCUAAGCGUCAAGUAGACGAAGCAAAAAGAGGACGCGUGUCGCUAAGAACGCGAGCAAUAAGGAAGACAAGAAGAUUCAAUAGUUUCAUCGCGCAAUUAGUGAUUUAGACGUGAAACUGACGAAGCAAAGAAAGGACGCGUGUCGCCAAGAACGCGAUCAAGAAAAAAGGCCAAAAAAUUCAAUAGUUUCAUCGCGCAAUUAGCAACCGAUGAGUUUUCGACUAGAACUCACGAGAACAAGCUACACGCUUCUUAAUUUACGAGAAACCAACGACCAAGACAUCCACCUGACGGCAAAGAAAGGACGCGUGUCGCCAAUAACGCUAGCGUGUCCCGAAAGAUCCUCGAAAGACGCGGUGGGCCGUGAGCAAGAAGGAAAACAAAAAGGCUCUGACGCCGACAUGAGAAGGUGUCCGCCGCCUCCUCUCGCCGAAUCGAGGUAAGGUGAGAUUCGCCUGCAGCCGCGCGCCACGCGAGAACGCGAACUUCCAAGGAUGGGCGACGCGAAGCUGCCGGAACGACAGCAAUUUCCCCGGCCACGAAUCAGCGGAGAGGACAGCCUCGCGGCGAGCAGAGGACGGAGACAGGGACUCGAGCUCGUGGAGACAAACUUAUCGCGGAACGACCCCCUGGGAAUGUCAGGAUGAGAGGAGGGACACUGCUCGGAGGUGGAAUCAGAUCGAUCCGUGGAACUUUUCUGAGAACGCUCGUCGUCGUUUUUCUCGCCACCUUUCUUUGGCUUCAACUGCACGUGAUCAGCCUGACCAGCCGCGACUCCGCCGGGCAGGCCUCCUCGAACGAAACGCUGUUCGCCCUCGUACCGCAAGAGCUGCACAGGUUUCUCAAGGACCGUCGGAACGGCUCGUCCGCGUCCGCCAACGCGAGCUCGGAGACCCUGACGGAAUACGAGAUAGCUGAGAUCCGACGUAACAUCGAGAAAGCGAACGCCGAGCAGAGGGUGUACAAUGAAGAAGCGUUCGGCCCGUUGGCCAACGACGCGCCCGUGAUAGUCGUCCAAGUGCACACGCGUCUGACGUAUCUGAGGCAUCUGAUAGUGUCGCUGGCGCGGGCCAAAGACAUCGAGCAAACCCUCCUCGUCUUCAGCCAUGACGUCUGGCACCCGGACAUCAACUAUCUCGUGCAGAGCGUCGACUUCUGCCGCGUGAUGCAGAUCUUUUACCCCCACAGCAUACAAACUCACCCCCAUUCGUUCCCUGGCGAGGAUCCCAACGACUGUCCGCGGAACAUUCGCAAGGAACAGGCCUUAGACAUCGGUUGCGUGAACGCGAAGCACCCCGACCUGUACGGCCACUACAGGGAGUCGAAGUUCACGCAGACGAAGCAUCAUUGGUGGUGGAAGGCGAACCGCGUGUUCGAUCAACUGUCGAUCACGAGGAACCAUACCGGUAUGGUGCUCUUCCUGGAGGAGGACCACUACGUCGCCGAGGACUUUCUGCACGUGCUGAGACUGAUGGAACGCACCUGCAAGCACAGCUGCGAGAGAUGCAACGUUCUGUCGUUGGGCACCUAUCUGAAGACGUAUAACUAUUUCGCCGACUUCAGUCGAAAGUUCGUUGGCGUCAACAGCGCCCUGAAAAAGGAGCUUCUGCGGGGUUUAAAGAGGCGGGAAGCGUCUUCGGGCCAGCAGCAACAGCAACCGCAGCAACAGCCGCAGCAACAGCAACAACUGCAGCAGCAGCAGCAACAACAGCAGCAACCCGCAAAAGCUAAAGAUAACGGUAUCAGCGUGUCCGGCGCUGGGACUGGGGCGGCAGCUGAGGCCGGAACCGAAAGUAGCGACAGAAUCGGCGCAAUCCCAACCAGCGGCACAGCCGUUGGCACCACCACCGCGUCCAGCUCGACGUCCAGCUCGGGUGGGAACGUUAGCGGCGCAGCCAGGGCUGUGUUAUCCGCUGGUCGGAGCGCGCUCACGGCGCAACCUGUUCCCGCAUGGGCUUUUCAGCUCCUACCCGGUCUCUACAAUCAUUAUCAAAAGGCCGAGGUAAUCCCUUGGAUAUCGAGCAAACAUAACAUGGGCAUGGCGUUCAGUCGCGUCACUUGGAACAAGUUGAGAAAGUGCGCCGCGCAGUUCUGUUCCUACGACGAUUACAACUGGGACUGGAGCCUGCAACACAUAGCCCAGUCCUGCCUGCCGCCGAGCAAGGGGGCCGGCGUCGCGCCUCGGACCGAAUCCGGCCUGAUCACGAUGAUGAUGAGAGCACCCAGAGUUUUCCAUAUCGGCGAAUGCGGCGUUCACCAUAAGAAGACCAACUGCGAAUCGACCGCCGCCAUCGCCAAGGUCCAGAACGUGUUGAAGGCCGCCCAGCAGCAUCUCUUUCCUACUCAACUGACGCUCACCGUAGCCGGCACCGCGAAAAAGGCGAAGUUAAGGAAGGGCAACGGCGGAUGGGGAGACGUGCGAGACCACCGGCUCUGCUGGAACAUGACCGUCAAUCCGGACCUCGCUCUACCUUGAAACCGACGAGCGAUCGAGUCGCUGCGUCGAGUUCGUUCCACGGGUUCCCGUGAAAGUCGCUGGACAACGAGAGCUUGCCCGCGUCCCGCGAGUUCGCGUUUAUUUUCCUUUGUUUCCCUUCCCGAUGAGAGAUACUCUGUUUCUCGUGCAAGUUCCUUCGAAGCCGAAAUUCGAAUCGUUCUCACGCGAUCUCCUUAGCAACGGUUGUUUCGUGUCGUCGAGAGAGACUCGCUCGACUCGCGCGUUGACGACUCCAUCGCGAACGUACCCGACAAGAUGGCGCCUCGUUCGGUCACGGGCAGAUUCGACAGCGUCACGACCCGGCGUGCAUUGGCUGUCGCGACUCCGUCGAGCUUACGGGAACGCCUGUAACCUCUUUAACUCGCUGAACGAGUGGCACGCGCGAAGGACCGAGCUGGAAGAACGUUCGCGGAACAACGUCUUCGCUCGGGCCACGCGGCGAACCGAGUCGCGAUAUCUGGAUAGGGUACAUUUUAUAUUUAUAACGACGUCAACGAAAAUAAACGAAUCG